GUACUUUCUCUUCUGGUAGUUUCUGUAUUUCACCUAUGCAGCUGUCUGCCGUUCACAAAAAAAACUCCCUUUGCCCCGUUUGUGUUUGUGAUAAUGAAUUUCAUUUUGUCAUGUACACACCCAUGGACGUAUUUUCUUUUCAAUAGCGAAGUCCGAAGCAAAGUGCUGCAAGUUGCACGAUGUCAGCUGAAUGCACAAGUAGGUUGUCGAAGGCGGGACAGCCUGAGUUUCUGUGCGAAUCGCACAAGAUCAGGUUACCCGCAUAGCGAUCACACAUGUACGGUCAAAGCGAGCAACGUAAUGCAAGUAAUUUCUCACUUCCACGCACACGACAAGCAUUGUAUUUGAGACUCCUGUUUUCGACCGGCUCCUUUAGAAUCGACGUUCAAAAGGAAGGCAGUCAAGAUCAAAAGUUUAUAAGAAUUUGUGAUUAAGUUAUUAUUGCUUGUAUACGACGUCACAUGGUAUACAGUAUUCGGCCGAAUGAGCAGCUUUUGCAGCAGACUAUGAGCUCAAUUUCAGUCGAUUAGGGUCAGAUGGAAUGUUGUAGU